CGAGGAGGACGAGCCGCUGUCCCGCCCCGAAACCCGGCGCGGGAGGCGAAAAUGGGCCGUAAAAAAAUCCAGAUCAGCCGAAUAUUGGACCAGAGGAACCGGCAGGUGACGUUCACCAAGCGGAAAUUCGGGCUGAUGAAGAAGGCCUACGAGCUGAGCGUGCUGUGCGACUGCGAGAUCGCCCUCAUCAUCUUCAACAGCACCAACCGGCUCUUCCAAUACGCCAGCACCGACAUGGACAAGGUGCUGCUCAAGUACACGGAGUACAGCGAGCCCCACGAGAGCCGCACCAACUCCGACAUCCUCGAGACGCUGAAGCGCAAGGGGCUGGGGCUGGAGAGCCACGAGCUGGAGCUGGACGAGGGCCCGGAGCCGGGGGACAAGGGGAGGAGGCUGAGCGAGGGCGUGGACCUGUCGGUGGCACGGAACAGGUUCUACAGCCCGGUGCCGCUGCCCGAGGCCGCCUACGGCAGCUCCCCCCCGGCCACGGACACGGCCCUGGGCAGUGCCAGCAGCUCCCCCCAGAGCCAGGGCCGCUCCCCUGCCUUCAAACCAGCAGCCCCAAAGCCCCCAGGACGGUCCCCGGGGCCGCUGCCCCCAGGUCUCGGCUACCCCCUGUUCCCCGCGGGAGGCCUGAACCGAGCCCUGGCCACCAAGACCCCCCCCCCGCUGUACCUGGGGGCCGAGGGCCGGCGCGGGGAAGCCCAGGGCAACCUGGCGAGCGCCCGGGGCGGCGGCAGCACCGCGCGGCCGCUGUACCCGGCCCUGCAGACCCUGAGCCCCGUCCUCGCCCCGGGCAGCUCCAGCAUCCCCAGCCACGGCCUCGCCGGCUUCCCCUUCCUCAGCCCGGCCCAGGCGGAUUUCGGGGCUGGCGAGGUCCCGCCGCCCCCCGGGUUCCUGCAGCCCGGCCCCCCGGCGUGGCAGCACCCCCGGGACAUGGCAGCGCUGGGGGUCGGCAGCCGGAUCGUCUCUGCCGAAGACCCUCCCCCGGCCCCCGGCUCCUCCCCGCAGCACCCAGCCGUCAGCAUCAAGUCGGAGCGGGUCUCCCCGGGGCUGGGCUGCCCCUCGGGCACCCCCCAGCCCCCCCUGGCCAGCCUGGCGUCCCUCAGCGAAGCCUCCCGAGGCCCCGGAGACCUCCAGCCCCGGGAUGACUACGCCAAGGGGUACCCCUACCCCCUCGGUGCCCACCCCCGGCCGCCGGCAGGGGAGGAGCAGAGGGUCGCGGUGCCCCCGCGGCGGGCGCAGCCCAUGGACGUUUGGCAGAGAUAG